CUCCCCCAGGGGAUGAGCAUGCAGGUCAGAGAAUAGGCCCUAGCCCAUGAGCACGGAGGCAGGGACCUUAAGGAAUCCCUCUCAUUUUGACAAGGAAAGCAAAAGCCCAGAGAGAUCACACAACUAUUUAGAAAGGUAGGAAUGGAAAGAGCUGUCUUCAGACUUCUUCUCUGGGAGGUUAAUGGGUUUUCCCCUUGGCUUUCGAAGAGGGAGGUCUGGCAUCAAUAACUGGCAGUGCUGUCUUCCUGGGACUCGGGCUCCACCCCUUUACCGUGGGUGUGUGUGCUCACAGCUGGCACUCAUUCAUUCCCUCAUGGAAGCCUUCCCUGGGCUAAAGGCAUCAUCAAGAGGGGUGCUGGCAUUGUGGGUCCUCGUGACUCACAUUAUGUACAUGCAAGAUUACUGGAGGACCUGGCUCAAGGGGCUGCGCGGCUUCUUCUUCGUGGGUGUCCUCUUCUCGGCUGUCUCCAUCGCUGCCUUCUGCACCUUCCUCGUGCUGGCCAUCACCCGGCAUCAGAGCCUCACAGACCCCACCAGCUACUACCUCUCCAGUGUCUGGAGCUUCAUUUCCUUCAAGUGGGCCUUCCUGCUCAGCCUCUAUGCCCACCGCUACCGGGCUGACUUUGCCGACAUCAGCAUCCUCAGCGAUUUCUGACCCAGGGGUGAGGUCUCUGUACCCCAGGGGGGUCCUUAGGACCUGGACUCAGCCUCUGAGACGUUGGGAGAGGCUACUCCCACCCCCUGGGGACCCCAGAACUGUGGCAGAAAAUACACAGCAGGAUGAGUGUGGUCUCCCAGGAAGCUGUCCCGCCCGUCCCCUUUAGGGGAGACCUGGGUGUGGUAGACAGGGGAUUCUGCCAUGUUGCUCCUCAUCAGCUUGUCCAGAGGGCAGCUUUAGACCUCUUCAAAUGGAUCUGUUUUCUUUUCUUCUUCUUCUUUUUUUUUUUUUUUUUUUUUUGAGAUGGAGUCUUAACUCUUAUCACCCAGGCUGGAGUGCAGUGGCACAAUCUCAGCUCACUGCAACCUCCACCUCCCGGGUUCAAGCAAUUCUCCUGCCUCGGCCUCCCAAGUAACUGGGAUUACAGGCAUCUGCCACCAUGCCUGGCAAAUUUUUGUGUUUUUAGUAGAGACGGGGUUUUGCCAUGUUAGCCAGGCUGGUCUUGAACUCCUGACCUCAGGUGAUUUCACCCGUCUCAGCCUUCCAAAGUGCUGGUAUUACAGGCGUGAGCCACCGUGCCCGACCUGGAUCUGUUUUCUUAGCACGCAGUGAGGAAUCUUUGUAUGUAAGGCCAGGGCAACAAAGUCAAGAGGUUAAGGGGUAGGGCCAUGAGGCCUGGAGCUAUGCUGCAGGCCAGGGCUUCCAUCCCUGCUGCCCUAGGCACUCUCUUCCCAAGGCCAGGGUGGGCACCUGGGGAGGUCAGUUCAGGAAUAUCUAGCAGAGACCUCUUAAGCCCCCAUCCCAGCACCCCAUCCUGUUGUUCCCAGAGCUGGUCUCCCAUGAGUGUGCUAGAGCCAGAUAGCCAUGGCCCCUCACCCAUCUCACCCACACACACAGGCAUCCAUAUACCCCAAAGGACUUCCAAAUGAGGCCAGACUCAGGGUCAUGGGGAAUGUGCUCUCGCCCCUGGAAGGGCUUUGGGGAAGGGGGCAACAUGGCAGAGGCUGGAAGGAGCCCCCAAACCUGUUCCCAUGCCCCUCUAGCCCUGCGUUUCCACUCUGCCUUCUCAGAGUGCCCUUACUGCACCCAGACCACCGGCCAGGAGAGACCUUCUCUCCCACUCCAGCCCCUCACUGCCCUUCAACUAGAGCUUUCACCUUUUUACAUUUCCCUUCUGAAGGACACAAAUCUGCUUUCCUGCCCAUACACUGGCCCAAGGGCUCACCUAACUUGGGAGGGAAGGGGCUGUUGUUACAAGGAUGAUUUUAUGUUAGACUGCCAUUUUGCACGGUCUCCCCCUUCCCACCUGAUGUGUCCUGCCCCUCAGCUCUUUGCCUUAUCUGUGUCACUGUCACUUUAGCAAAAAUACAGCGGCCAUUUGUAUCA